UUCUUCGAUAUCACACCAAAUGGCGGAUGACGCCGGUGCUGCGGGAGGGCCCGGAGGCCCGGGGGGCCCCGGAAUGGCGAACCGCGGCGGAUUCCGCGGAGGCUUCGGCAGCGGAUUGCGAGGCCGAGGUCGCGGCCGGGGCCGGGGCCGUGGUCGGGGCCGCGGAGCUCGUGGAGGCAAGGCCGAGGACAAGGAGUGGCUCCCGGUCACCAAGCUGGGUCGCCUGGUCAAGGACAUGAAGAUCAAGUCCCUGGAAGAGAUCUACCUUUUCUCCUUGCCCAUCAAGGAAUCUGAGAUCAUCGACUUCUUCCUGGGGCCAUCCCUCAAGGACGAGGUGCUGAAGAUCAUGCCCGUGCAGAAGCAGACCCGAGCCGGGCAGCGGACCAGGUUCAAGGCAUUUGUGGCCAUUGGGGACUACAACGGGCACGUCGGCCUGGGUGUCAAGUGCUCCAAGGAGGUGGCCACUGCCAUCCGAGGGGCCAUCAUCCUGGCCAAGCUGUCCAUCGUCCCCGUGCGCCGGGGCUACUGGGGGAACAAGAUCGGCAAGCCUCACACCGUGCCCUGCAAGGUCACAGGCCGCUGCGGGUCUGUCCUGGUGCGCCUCAUCCCUGCCCCCAGGGGCACUGGCAUUGUGUCAGCCCCCGUCCCGAAGAAGCUGCUGAUGAUGGCUGGCAUCGACGACUGCUACACCUCGGCCAGGGGCUGCACUGCCACACUGGGCAACUUCGCCAAGGCCACCUUUGAUGCCAUUUCCAAGACCUACAGCUAUCUCACCCCCGAUCUCUGGAAAGAGACGGUGUUCACCAAGUCUCCUUACCAGGAAUUCACCGACCACCUUGUGAAGACCCACACCAGAGUCUCCGUGCAGAGGACCCAGGCUCCAGCUGUGGCCACGACAUAAGUUUUUGUACGAGAGAAAUAAAAGUGAUUACUGGUCAAA